AUGAGCCUAGUUGACCAGGCAAGAUCUGCCCGGGGACGUGCUCUAGAAAUCAAGCCCCCCAGUGAUUCCGGGCUACAUACCCAACCGAAGAAACCCGAAGAGCCCACGCAGAAUCCCAAGCCCGAAGUCCAAUGCUGCGUCUGCUACGAAAAAGUCUCGCAGAAGAAAAUCGUCCGCCUUAACUGCUACGACACCUGGUGCACCGGGUGCAUCAAGGCCCUCUUCCUCAAGGCCGCAACCGACCAGUCCCUGUUCCCGCCGAAAUGCUGCCGCAAGGAAAUCCCCAUCCAUACGAUCAAGAGCACCCUGACUGCCAAGGAGCUGAAGACGUACGAGGACGCGAAGAUCGAAUACACCACCCCGAAAAAGAUCUACUGCAGUAACAAGUCCUGCGCCAAAUUCAUCCCUCCCGGGAACAUCGUCCUGGGGGACCAGGCUGACUGCCAAGCAUGUCGAUCCAGGACGUGCGCGGUGUGUCAGAAUCCUGCCCACAAGGGCCACUGUCCGAAGGACCCGAGUCUCUCGGACACGUUGAAGUUGGCUGAUAGAAGGGGCUGGAAACGCUGCUAUUCAUGCGCGAGGAUCGUGGAACGAAGCGCGGGCUGUAGCCAUAUAACAUGCGUAUGCGGCGCCCACUUCUGCUACGCCUGUGGUAGUAAAUGGGCGACCUGUCACUGCUCAAAGUACUGGGCUUAUUAA